ACGUUCGUUUCUUGGUACAUGAAGCAUUCAACUUUGCAAACAGAAAGGGCGUCAAAGGAACGUCUCUCUCCCUCUAAGGCUACGCAACUACUAAAGCAAACUGCAAGGAAAUCCCUCAGCUCUUCAAGCAUAGAAGCCAAAAAAACAAAGACAAAGACAGGAAAACCCCCUUCCAGAGAAAAAAAAUGGGUGAUUCAAAGGUAGAAACGAUCUCCAGAUUAGCUCAAUGGAGGAUCGACAACUUUGGUCCUUGUUCUUACAAAAAAUCCGACCCUUUCAAGGUCGGUCUUUGGAACUGGCACUUGUCUAUAGAGAAGAAUCGAUAUUUGUACAUUCGUUUAUUUCCUGAGCCAUCUCGGGUGUCUAAGGAGCAGCCUCCUUAUGCCAAAUUUAUACUUCGGAUCUCAAAUGCUGGUGCUAAUCGUAGACUUUAUAUCUCCCCAGUUCAUGAUAGACCGCUGCGAACAUGUGAUGACUUUUGUUGGCCUGUUGAUUCUACAUUCCAUGGGCGCUUCAUUAUUGAUGUCGAGUUCCUGGACCUGAAGAUCUGCCCUGUAAAUGGUGGUGACUCUGUUUCCAUAUGGCCCAUUGAUGGAGCAAUGCAAUCUGUGUCAACUCAAAGCUCCCUGCGCUGCCUUGCUCGCAUGCUUGAAGAUGGUCUUCAUGCUGAUGUUACUAUCAAGACUGCUGAUGGUACUCUAAGAGCACACAAGGCAGUUCUAUCUGCAAGUUCACCCGUUUUUGCAAGUAUGUUCCACCAUGACCUUAUGGAAAAGGCAUCAUCCAUAAUCCAUAUAGAGGAUAUGUCACUGGAAUCUUGCAUGGCCCUUCUAAGUUACUUGUAUGGAACUAUAAAGCAAGAGGACUUUUGGAAGCAUCGACUGGCAUUACUGGGAGCAGCAAAUAAAUAUGACAUUGUAGAUCUAAAAGAUGCUUGCGAGGAAAGCCUCUUAGAAGACAUCAACUCGCAGAAUGUCCUUGAGAGGCUGCAGGAGGCUUGGCUUUACCAAUUGAACAAGCUGAAGAAAGGGUGCAUGAUGUACUUGUUUGAAUUUGGCAAGAUUUAUGAUGUUAGAGAUGAAAUCAAUAACUUUUUCAGGCAGGCAGACAGGGAACUGAUGUUAGAGAUGUUUCAGGAAGUGCUGACAGUUUGGAAACUGGUAUGACUUUCCUUGGGAGUUUUUACCUUUCAGUUGCUGGUGAGCAGACAAACACAUGGGUGUCCUUACAGUAUAGUUUGUUGUAUAUUACUCAAUGAAAUCCACAUUUUGUUUUUUCUUUUACACUCUUGUAAUAUGCAUAUAUAGGCCUGCAUGCUAAACUCUUUUCGUGCCUGGAACCAAUAGCUUGAGGUUGUGUAGCUUCGUAUAGUAACUGAUAUAAAAACUUCAUUUGUAUUCAAGGAAUGUAAGCUUGGGUUGUUGAAAGUGUCUUCUCUGUGAAGUUUCCUGUGCA